AUGGCCUCUCAGUCUCCUCUCCCCCCGUGGCUGCCCCCUCAGCUCACUCAAUCCCCAUCUCCAACGCUCCACGCUCUAAGCACGUCUCUCCUGCCGCAUCUCUUCAGCGCAAUUUCUCAAAUCGGCGCCACCCUCCGAACUUCGCACCACGUCUCUCUCGUUGGAUCCGCAAACUCUUUUGGUGACGAUCAGCUCAACGUCGAUGUCGCUUCGGAGAAUCUCAUGCGCGCUGCGCUUGCAAAGUGUCCGCUUGUGGUGAGAGCCAGCAGUGAGGAAGAUCCCCAAGAGAAAGAGGUUCAUCAAGGAGAAGCUUCCACUGUUGCUUCUUCGGAUGAAAGGUUUUCUGUGGCUUUUGAUCCUCUUGAUGGAAGUUCAAUCAUAGCUCCUAACUGGGCUGUGGGCACAAUUGUGGGAAUCUGGAAAGGCGAGACGGCGCUGGGGAAGAACCCGAAAGACCAGAUUUGUUCCGUGUUGGGAGUUCAUGGACCACGUACAACUGUCAUUGUAGCCAUCAGGGAAGCAGAUGCACCUCAAGGUUCUGCUUCUGCUGAGGGUGUCUGCUUUGAGCUGGGGCUUGGUAACAACGACAAGACUGAGCUCCUUAACGCCAACAUUAAACUCUCUUCGCCCCCUUACAAAACCAGAUACUUUGCCCCUGCAAAUCUACGUUUUGCGGCUGACUCUUCAGAAUACGCCACCCUCAUUUCAUCCUUCAUCACUAAAAAGUAUACGCUUCGGUACUGUGGUGGGCUUGUUCCGGAUUUGGGCCACAUCCUCACCAAAGGCCACGGCGUCUACGUCAAUCCAGUGGAGUCAGCCAGCAAGGCUAAGUUGAGGAGGUUGUACGAGGUUCUUCCUAUAGGUUUGGUGGUAGAAUGUGCUGGAGGAAAGGCUGUGGAUGAGAAUGGAAAGGAUGUUUUGGCCAAGGAUGUGCAAGGAUGUGAUGAGAGGGGCGGAAUCGUGUUUGGGAAUACGGAUGAAGUUGAAGAGGUGGUAAAGGUAUUGAUGGGAUAA